ACAGGUACUGGUGCAUUUCAACCCGCUUCAGUGGGACGUGGCAGAGGGAGGCACAAGUCUAAAACUUCAAGGUGGAAAGUUCUUAUGGAUAAAAACUUUUAACACUCUCCCACGACACUAGUUGGAUGUGCAAUGUGAACCUUUGAACCCGACGGCGACACGUCACACGUGCUAUGGAGAAUUGCCAUCCGUUCCAUAUGGUGGAACUUGUGCAUUUCAACGCACCUCAAUGGGACGUGGCAGAGAGAGGCGCAAGUCUGGAGUUCAAGUUGGUCAUCAGUCUAAAAGUGGGCCAGAUCCAGCAGAGCUGCAAGUCCAAGAGAAUGUUGGUGAUCAGUCUAGAAGUGGGCAGGAUCCUGAAGAGCUGCUAGCCCCAGCGAAAGAGCCUACGGAGUGCACCCUGAAGUUGUGCAGGCACCCAAGAGCAUACAAGUGGGUUCAGUGGGAAUACUGCAACAAAUGGUUUCAUUGUGUGUGUGGGGGCGUGAAGCCUACCCAGGCGAAACUUAAUAGUUACCGAUUCAAGUGUAUGUUUUGUUGAAAAG